UGUUCAAUGGCCAAAACGAUUUCAACACAAGCGUCGAAACUUCGUUGUCAGGCGUAACAUCACUGUAGCCGUAAUUCAAAAUCCUGAUUUUUAUACUUGCGUCAGCAAAAUUUCUCCCACAUGAGUGCCUUUCAGGCUUCCGAAAAUGCAGCUGAAACAUAUGAAGACUCUUUUAACCCCGCAGGACAGCAUUGCCAAAGUGACGUGCAUGGCAUGGGCUCCAGAUAAUACCAAGUUUGCUGUCUGCACCAUUGACAGAGUGGUGUUGCUCUUUGAUGAUCAUGGAGAAAAGAAGGACAAGUUCUCCACAAAGCCUCUAGACUCCAAGUAUGGAAAACAGAGCUAUGUUAUCAAUGACAUGGCCUUCUCACCGGACUCCACCAAAAUCGCCAUCGCCCAGUCAGACAACGUCAUCUUUGUCUACAAAUUAGGAGUUGAUUGGUCUGACAAAAAAAGCAUUUGCAAUAAAUUUCUUCAGACAUGUACUGUGACCUGCUUGCUUUGGCCUACAGAGAAUUCAAUUGUUCUUGGAGCAGUUGAUGGCAAGGUUCGUGCUGGCAACGUACCUACAAACAAGACAGCAACACUCUUCCGCACAGAGUCCAGUGUUAUCUCACUGACAUCCAAUCUUUCUGGUAAAGGCAUCCUGUGUGGUCAUGCUGAUGGAACAGUUGCCCGUUACUUUUUGGAAGAUGAAGGAUCAGGAGAGUCUCAGGGUAAGCUGCUGCAGCACCCAUGCCCGCCCUACGCCCUGGCAUGGGGCGCAAAGAGCAUCAUGGUGGGUGGCUGCGACAAGAAGGUGGUGGCCUACGACAGAGAGGGUCACGUCCUGCAGAUUUUUGAUUACGGCCGUGAUCAGACAGAGAAGGAGUUCACCGUCGCCGUCACCAGCCCCAGCGGCCAGUCCGUCGUGUUCGGCAGCUACAAUCGGUUACGGGUAUUUAACUGGUCUUCAAGGAAGGGGCUGUGGGAAGAAGCCAAACCAAAAGAGAUUCCAAACCUGUACACAAUCACCAGCUUGGCCUGGAAGAAAGAUGGAUCUCGUCUCUGUGCUGGAACAUUGUGCGGAGUGGAGUUGUUUGAUUGCUGGCCUGCGGGCGAAUCCAUCUAUAAGAACAAGUUUGAGAUUACUUACGUUGGCCUGAGCCAGGUGAUAGUGAGGAACCUGUCCACAGGAACCCGGGUGGUCCUGAAGUCCUACUAUGGUUAUGAGAUCGAAGAAAUCAAAAUUCUGGGUAAAGAUCGGUACCUGGUGGCUCACACCUCUGACACGCUUCUGCUGGGGGAUCUGGUGGCGAAUAAACUGAGUGAGGUUCCGUGGCCCAGUUCUGGAGGCCAUGAAAAGUUCUUUUUUGAAAGCACAGCUGUCUGUAUGAUUUUUAAUGCUGGCGAGCUGAGCCUGGUGGAGUACGGUAAAAGUGAAGUUCUGGGGACAGUCAGAACUGAAUUUAUGAACCCUCACCUCAUCAGUGUCCGUCUAAAUGAGAGAAAGCAGAAAGGAAGCGAAGACAACAAGAAGCUUUCAUAUCUGAUCGAUAUAAAGACCAUUGCUAUUGUGGACUUGGCUGCAGGCUGCAAUCUGAGAACCAUCAGUCACGACUCCAAAAUUGAUUGGCUGGAGCUCAGUGAAACGGGACGCAAACUGCUGUUCAAGGACAAGAAGCAGCGGCUCCACCUGUAUGACGUAGAGAGCGCGGUGAAGACCACGGUGCUGAGUUUCUGCUCGUAUGUGCAAUGGGUGCCAGGCAGUGAUGUCGUGGUUGCUCAGAAUAGAGGAGAUCUCUGCAUCUUGUACAGUAUAGACAACCCAGACAACAUCACCAUGUUCCCAAUUAAGGGUGACAUUGUGGAGCUGGAGAGGGCUGAUGGGAAGACGAAUGUGCUUGUGACAGAGGGUGUUAACACGGUCACAUACACCCUGGACGAAGGCCUCAUUGAGUUCGGCACUGCUAUCGAUGAUGGUGAUUACAACAGAGCCACUGCAUUCCUCGAGACUCUGGACAUGUCACCAGAGAGUGAAGCCAUGUGGAAGACGCUCAGCAAGUUGGCUCUAGAGGCUCGCCAGCUGCACAUCGCAAACAGGUGUUUUGCUGCUUUGGGAGACGUCUCAACAGUUCAUUUUCUCCACCAGACAAACCAGAUUGCUGACAGAGUGUCAAAAGAAAUGGGAGGAGACGGAACAACGUUCUACCAAGUCCAAGCCAACCUCGCCCUGCUGGACAAGAACUUCAAACUAGCUGAGAUGCACUACACAGAGCAGAAUGCUCUUGAUGAAGCUAUAGAAAUGUACCAGGAGCUCAACAUGUGGGACGAGUGCAUUGCUGUCGCUGAAGUCAAGGGUUAUCCUGAGCUUGACCGUCUGCGUAGGAGCCACUACCAGUGGCUGACGAACACGGGGCAGGAUGGGAAGGCCGGUGAGGUGAAGGAGGGAGAGGGAGACCUCCAGGGUGCCAUCAACCUGUACCUGAAGGCUGGGCUCCCGGCUAAAGCUGCCCAGGUGGUCAUCAGCCGGCCAGAGAGCACCAACAGUGACACUGUGAGCCGCAUCGCCGCCAGCCUCAUCAAGGGAGAGUUCUAUGAAAGGGCAGGAGAUCUAUAUGAGAAGAUUGGGAACAACCAGAGAGCUGUGGAGUGUUACUGCAAAGGCAAUGCUUUCAAUAAAGCUGUGGAACUGGCUCGCAGAUUCUUUUCUAACGAGGUGCUGAAACUGGAGGAGGCCUGGGGAGAUUAUCUUGUUCAGCAGAAGCAGAUGGAAGCUGCCUUCAACCACUUCAUUGAAGCUGGGUGCUCUGUUAAAGCUCUUGAGGCAGCCAUUGCGUCUCGGCAGUGGAAGAAUGCCGUCGAUAUCCUGAUGUCGCAGAACGAUGACUCGACAGGAAAAUACUACCUGAAGAUAGCGCAGCACUACUCGUCCAUAAAGGACUAUGAGAUGGCAGAGCAGCUGUUUGUGAAAGGAGGUCACAUUAAAGACGCCAUACACAUGUACACUGCAGCAGGCCACUGGGAGGAAGCGCAUAAGUUGGCAGUGGAGUGUAUGACAGAAGAGGAAGUUGUGGCUUUGUACCUCAGCAGAGGUCAGGCGCUGGAGAGAGACGGCAAGUUCAAGGAAGCAGAGAGGCUGUUUACCACAGUGAAGCAGACCGACCUUGCAAUUGCCAUGUAUAAGAAGAACUGGAUGUUUGAUGAUGUUAUCCGCUUGGUGACCAAGCACCUCCCGGACCUUCUGACAGAGACGCAUCACCACCUGGCGAAGUUGUUGCAGAAUGAAUCCAGAUUCUCUGAAGCAGAGCAUCACUUCAUCAAGGCUGAAGACUGGAAAGCUGCUGUCCACAUGUACACAGGGUGCGACAUGUGGGAGGAGGCAUACAAGGUGGCUAAGAGCCACGGGGUGAUGACGGCCCAUAAGGUGGCUUUCCUUUGGGCUAAGACUCUGGGAGGAGAAGCUGCUGUCAAACUGCUCAACAAGUUCGGUCUGCUGGAAUACGCCAUUGAUUUUGCUUCUGAUAAAACUUCUUUUGAUUUUGCCUUUGAGCUGGCCCGUCUUUCCUGUAAGCAGAAGAUUCCUGAAAUUCACUUCAAACAUGCAAUUGACUUGGAAAAUCAGGGCAAGUUUGCUGAGGCUGAGGUGGAGUUCAUCAAAGCAGGAAACCCAAAGAAGCAUGCGUUCAGGUAUGCCCACACUAAGGACUGGGAUGCCCUGCGGGUGGCUGAGGGUCAUGAUCCAGACAUGGUAUCUGAGGUCCUGGUGGACCAGGCCACCUUCUGCUUUAAUCAGAAUUUCCAGAAAUCGGAGGCCCUCCCUCGAGCUCAGAGACCUGAGCUGGCUAUUAAAUAUUACAAGAGGCUGACAUGUGGAGACUAUGAGAUGGCCAAGAAGGGCAGCAGUGGGGUGGAGGGGCUGCUGGAGCAGGCUAGAGAGUGGGAGCAGUUGGGUGAAUAUGCCCGAGCCGUGGAGUGUUACCUCAAAGUGAAGGACGCUUCCAACACAUCCCUGGUGGAGAGCUGCUGUCUGAAGGCCGUAGAUUUGUCCGUCAAGUUUCUGAGUGGAGAUCGAGCGGUGGAGGUGGUUCGUGUGGUCGGCCCUCGCCUCAUACAGCUGAGAAAGCAUGAUGUUGCUGCUAACCUCUACAUGAACCUGGGCCUCACCAAAGACGCCAUCGAUGCUUUCAUUCAGAGUGAUGAGUGGAACAAAGCCAAGAGAGUCGCCAAUGAGGUGGAGCCAAGGUUUGAGGACUAUGUUGAUCAGAAGUACAAAGAACAUCUUCGGAACCAAGGCAAAGUGGACUCUCUGGUCGGUGUGGACGUGAUCGCAGCUUUGGACAUGUAUGCAGAGCGAGGACAGUGGGAAAAGUGUCUGGAAACAGCCUCUAAACAGAAUUCUAAGGUCCUCCAUAAGUACGUAGCUCUGUACGCGACACACCUCAUAAAGGAGGAAGACUCUGUGAAAGCCCUGCGUCUUUACAUUCAGCACGGAGUGCCGCCGAACCCUCAGAACUUCAACAUCUACAAGCGCUUGUUUCUGGACCUGAUUAGUGUGCUUGACACUGAUGGACCAGAGUUGUACCACAUGUGGGCGGACCUUCGCAAUUUUUUGAUGGAACUGGAUAAGAACAUGUCUAAGAGUGGUGAGGCCAACUCUCCAGCUCAUGAAGAAUUCAAAGAGAUGCUGCUGAUCGCUCAUUACUAUGCCACACGAUCCGCCGCGAAAGGAGUCGAGCAGCUGGUCACCAUGGUAGCGAAGCUGUCGGUGUCUCUGCUGCGGCACACUGAACUGGUUCCUGCAGACAAGGCCUUCUACGAUGCCGGUAUGGCCUGCAGGGCGGUUGACUGGAAGGAAAUGGCGUUGAUCUUCCUCAAUCAUUUCCUGGAUCUGUGUGAUGCCUUUAAUGACGGCAGCCUGGACGGAUUGGACCACACAGACUUCCUGGACACUGAUAUUCCCUUUGAGGUUCCAAUCCCAAACAAGCUGUGUACCACAGAUGAGACGCGGGAUGAGAUCCGUGACUGGGUGCUGAUGGUUUCGCUGGACCGUCGGCUGCAGCAGGUUUUACCGCGUGAUGAGAGGAACUCGUAUGAAGCCUCGCUGCUGGACGCCAACACCGGCGUUCGCUCGCUGCCCUGCGUCCUCACAGGCUACCCUGUGCUGAGGAACAGCGUGGAGUUUUCUUCACCAGGAAAAACUGCCAACAAGGACGACUGGAACAAAUUCUUCAUGGCUGCAAAGACCACUCAGAGUCCAGAGUGCCAGGACGUCCUGAAUUUUAUCAGCCAGUGGUGUGGCGGCCUCCCGGCUUCUGGGUUCUCCUUCCAGUGACAUGCACGCGCACACACUCCAGCACUUUGUUACACACGUUAUGUUUGUUACACAUGCGACGUCUUUGUGGCCGCCAUUAAACGUUUCUCUGUGCUUCUCUUCUGUCACUUGUUUGAUUUGACC